GUCUAUUUUGACAUUUUUGAGUGUGUAAAAUAAUAAUAAUGGCUAAUAAUAGUGAUAAACGACCAUCUGUAAUUCUUGAUACCUCUAUGGGAUCUAUUCAUGUUGAACUUUAUUGGGAUCAUGCACCAAAAACAUGUAAAAACUUUUACGAACUUGCUAAACGUGGUUAUUAUGAUGGUGUUAGUUUUCAUCGUAUUAUUGCUGAUUUCAUGAUUCAAGGUGGUGAUCCAACUGGUACUGGACGUGGUGGCGCUUCUAUUUAUGGUGAAAAGUUUGAAGAUGAAAUUAACCGUGAACUCAAACAUACGGGUGCAGGCAUUCUUAGUAUGGCUAAUGCAGGUCCUAAUACAAAUGGUUCACAGUUCUUUAUUACAUUAGCACCAACUCCAUGGUUGGAUGGCAAACAUACAAUUUUUGGUAGAGUAAGUGAUGGAAUGAAUGUUGUGAAGAGAAUGGGCUUAGUAAGAACAGAUGCUAAUGACAGACCUAAAGAUACUGUUCGUAUUGAACGUUGUCGUAUUGAGGAUAUAUAAUCUUAAAUAAUAGGAUCAUAUCUUGCAUUAUGUUCAUGACGAUUACUUAAAAGGCUAUAAAAAUAAAAUUAAUUGAAUAUGCAUGUAUUAUACAUACUUUUAAUAUUACUUACAAGUAAAGAAUUAACCCUACUAC